GGUAGAAGAUGAAUACCGAGCCUUCCAAGAAGAAGCUAAGAAACAAAUAGAAGAAUUGAAUAUGACAUUAGAGAAACUAAGAUCAGAGCUAGAAGAAAAAGAGACAGAGAGGAGCGACAUGAAAGAAACCAUCUUUGAACUUGAAGAUGAAGUAGAACAACACCGAGCCGUGAAACUUCACGACAACCUCAUUAUUUCUGAUUUAGAGAAUACGGUUAAAAAACUCCAGGAUCAAAAACAUGACAUGGAAAGAGAAAUCAAGACACUCCACAGGAGACUUCGGGAAGAAUCUGCGGAGUGGCGGCAGUUUCAGGCUGAUCUCCAGACUGCUGUGGUCAUUGCCAAUGAUAUUAAAUCUGAAGCCCAAGAGGAGAUUGGCGAUCUGAAGCGUCGGUUACAUGAGGCUCAAGAAAAAAAUGAGAAACUCACGAAAGAAUUGGAGGAAAUAAAGUCACGCAAGCAAGAGGAGGAGCGAGGCCGGGUGUACAACUACAUGAAUGCUGUGGAGAGAGACUUGGCAGCCUUAAGGCAAGGGAUGGGACUGAGUAGAAGGUCCUCAACUUCCUCCGAGCCAACCCCUACGGUGAAAACCCUCAUCAAGUCCUUUGACAGUGCAUCGCAAGUACCAAACCCCACUGCAGCCGCAAUUCCUCGCACACCUUUGAGUCCAAGUCCUAUGAAAACUCCUCCUGCCGCAGCUGUCUCGCCUAUGCAGAGACAUUCCAUAAGUGGACCAAUCUCUACAUCCAAACCCCUGACAGCGCUGUCAGAUAAGAGACCAAACUAUGGGGAGAUCCCUGUUCAAGGUAAAUCUCAUAUGGCACAGUACUUCACUUCUGCUAUUAAUUUUUUGAUUCUUCUGACUUUUUUGGCUAACGAAAUUGUGAUUUUCUUUGUUCUUGACAUUAUUUCAG